CGUGAACCAUCAAUGAUGUUUUCGACGGCAGCAGCCUCGUGGGCGUUGGUGUGUAUAGCGACGUCCGCAGUCGCGUUGCAUGUGUACCAGCUGAAGAAACAGGUUGAAGCAUGCCAAGUCUCGUUGGAGAAGAAGGAAGCAGCGCGUUUGGAAGAGCGAGUGGGGCGAACGGCAGCUGAAAAGGAGCUGCGGGCAGUGCUGGAAGCCAAGCUUGACGUGUCGGCGGGAUAUUACGUUCAGCCAAUUGCAACAGUUCAGUCGUGCUUUGUCCAGUGCUUGGGUACACCUCGCCAGGGUCUAUUGGCUCCAUCGACUCGCGGCCGCAUUCAGUUCCACCGCAACAUCUCCCCGGAUGCAAUGGAUGGUCUGAGCGAGUUCAGCCACAUUUGGAUCACAUUUGUGUUUCAUGCCAACACCAAUGGGAAAAAUGCCCGAGCGCAUGAUGGGCUGCUUUCGUCAAGAACCAGUCACACGUUCCGGGCCAAAAUCUCUCCGCCGAUGCUAAAGCAACGCAUUGGCGUGUUCGCCACCCGCACACCGCAUCGACCGAAUCCGAUUGGCAUCACGUUGGCUAAGAUCGAGAAGGUUGACUUGGCUACACGAUCCAUUUUGGUGUCUGCGCUCGAUUUGGUGGACGGCACACCCGUAUUGGAUCUGAAGCCUUAUGUACCAAUGUACGACAGCUUGCCCGGCAGCACAGUUCCCGACUGGAUUCAAGCCUCGGUGCAAAGCCAGAGGUGGAUAUCGAACAAUGCUGUGGAGGCUUGAUCUGUCGCUGCUCUAGUGCAGUUCGGUUUGAUUCAGACAAGGAAGACGCCAUGCGACAGUGUUGUGCAGGCCACUCCGUCUUCUACGCGGGUGAACCCGACGUGAUGCUGGAGGCCAUUGCGCAAGUGCUGGCAGUUGAUGUGCGCAGCCAAGUUCAAACGGCGAAGAUGCAUACCAAAGUGAACAAACUCUUGUUCGACACCGUUCAAGUCGAGUACACCGUUGAAACGGGCAACGGCAUCGUUGUGCACGACAUCCAGCCUGCCUCAGCCAAGAGCGCCAUGUCGUGAGCGGCAUUCUUUGUCAACAAUUAUGAGCUGUGACGUUCUGUGACGAUUGGCGGCAUCGUUCGCGACGUUCUGCUUGCACUCCCC